AUGGGAGCAUGUUUCUCGAAAUCGAAAAAACUUAAAAAUAAUGAACGAAAUGCUGGUUCAAUCGAGAGAAAAACAAGUAAUAUUCCAGUGAUAACGAUUACGUCGCGUGAUUCGACAAAAAGCCAAACAGAUUUAAGCAAGAACGACGACUUUGAAUAUCCGUUACCAGAUUUUGAUACAGAAAAUAAUCGAGCUGUACAACAUUUUUUGUAUCGGUAUAUUUUUCAAAGUAAUUUCUCGUCGCCGGUCGUUGAAAAGUUGAAAACUGAAGGAGCGAAAGUGCUUGAUGUUGGAUGUGGGCCAGGGUUAUGGGUUCAAGACAUUGCUAAAGAAUAUAGCAAAGCGACGGUGAUUGGGAUCGAUAAAUCAAACGUAUUUCCAAACACUGAUCUUCCAAAUGUCCAAUUCCAACAACACGAUAUUUUGAAGAAAUUACCAAUGGAAGAUAAUACAUUCGAUUUUGUACAUAUAAGGUUUCUUGGAAGCAGUUUCACAAAUAGUCAAUGGACUGAAACCGUUUUGCCGGAAUUAACUAGAGUUACUAAACCUACCGGAUUUGUGGAAUUAAUGGAAGUCGAUGCGCAAGGAAUGAAUGAAGGCCCGGCAGCACAGUCAUUAAUGUCUGGAGUUCAGGCAUAUUACCGCGAUAAAGGAAUCAGUCCCAUUCUCACUCCACAUUUAGAAGGAUAUUUGCGAAACUGUUUUCUAAGUGAAGUGAUGAAAGAAGAAAAAUAUCAUCCAAUCGGCGAAUGGGGUGAAAAAGUUGGCGAGUUGGCGCUUUCCGAAUGGUUACAAGGACUCGCGAAAUUGAAGGCAAGAGUUGCUCCGCUUUUGGGACUUGACGAUGACCGUUACAAUGAAUUAGUGCAAGACUUUAAAAAUGAAGUAAAUAUUUUCCAGACGUAUUGGAAAGUUGUUCGUGUUUAUGGAAUGAAACCGGAAACUGAUACGACGUCGACAAUAAUGUAA